AUGCUCAUCUUUUUGACGAAAGCUAUUAUUUUUUCUAUUUUAAUAUGUACAAUGAAACAUUUCGAUGAGGAAAACAACAAUAUUAAAUCAAGGGGUAAUGAGUGUAAUCGAAAUAAUGCAUUAAAUAUAAGAUUUAGCAGAUUACUAAAUGGCGAAACAAAAAUACCCGGAAACCAACAAUACCAAACGAUAAAAAAGGGAAUAUAUAGUAUGUUAUAUGAAAGUGAUGAUACAUUUAGAGAAAGAUUAAAAGCAUUAGAACAUGAUGACGAAUUUAAAAAACGAUUUAAUAAUUUAGUACAAUGUGAUUUUUCUGAACAGGAAUUUAAUGAUCUAAGAAAUCAUAAAAACUUUCAAAAAAAGAAGGGUGCAUCCAAAGAUGAAAAUGACGUAAAAAAAAAAGGUUAUACCUUAAAAAAUUAUGAUGAUAUUGAGAAAUAUGAAAACGCCAAUUUUUUAAAAAGCGUAGAUUCAAGUAUUAAAUCAGAUUUAUUCCAAAUCGGCUUAAAUAAUAAUUAUUAUUUCUUUAAAAUUCGAAAUAAAGUUAAAUAUAUCUUUAGGUACAUGAAAGAACAUAAAGUAUAUUCUGCAUUUGUGAUUCUUAUAACUGUGAUUGCGUCAUAUCUGGUGCUUUCUCUGUUUAUAAUGAUUUGUAAAGCGUAUAUUUCUAUGAACGCUGCAUCAGCCAUUUUGAUGCCAUGA